AUGGCCAAGAAGAAAAAGGCUCCGCUUCUAGAAGCGUGGUGCUGGUAUUGCGAUCGCGAAUUCGAGGAUGAAAAGGUCUUGUUGCAACAUCAAAAGGCCAAACAUUACAAGUGUCCUCAUUGUCCGCGUCGACUCAACACUGCUGGAGGUCUCACUGUGCAUCUUCAUCAAGUUCACAAGGCAGAGCCUACGUUCAUCGAGAAUGCAUUGCCAGGCAGGGAAUCCUUUGAUGUGGAGAUCUACGGCAUGACGGGCAUUCCAGCGGCAGAUUUGGAAGAGUGGAAAUCCAGAAGGGGUAGAUCUACGGGCCAAGAUCCAUCCAAUCCAUCAGGUCAACCAUCUGCCAAGCGUCCCAAAGUGGAGAGCGUGGCGUUGACGCCUGCUCAGCUCAAAGCUCAACUCGAAGCUCACAAGGCUCUCAUGGCCGGCAAGAGUCACGCCGAAGCUGCCGCUGCCGCUGCUGGCGCUGGCGCUGGCGCUGGCGGUGCGGCUUCAUCUGCUGCUGCUGGUCCUUCCUCUGCCGCUUCGCCACUACCUCCACAUUUGGCCUAUCCCGGUCCACCACCGCCGUUUGGUCCUCCGCCUGGUUUCAACCCGUGA